AUGCUGUUUCAAGUUCUCCUCCUUCUAGCUGGUGCAGACGCUGGCGUCCAAGCACUUCCCACUCUCGGUAACUUGACCAGCAGACAAGCUGGAGAAAGUCAUCAAGUCACUAUGAUCAACAAGUGUGGAUCCGGUGAAGCCGUCUUUGUAUAUGCGGAUCACGGUGAGCCCCAAGGUAGCGCUAGUAUAUCCGGUCCGUUGAAUGGCGGAUUGGCAUGGAUGAGUGGUCUUGAUGGAGUUGCAUGCGAAGCGAAUGGAAUCAAUUGUGGAAUAGUAGAAUUCACUUUAAUCAAUGCUCAAGGUGGUGGUCAACAGAACGCAGGAGACUAUUCAAUAUUGGAUGGUGUUGAUGAUGAAAAAGGUACUUCUUUGGGUAAUCAUAAAUUCCAAUAUAGUAUGGAUUUCUCUUUCACAGGAGCCUUGUUGGCAGACAACGUCGGAAUCUCUAUCACAUUUUGUCCGACUGGUCCUCCAACGCCCAACAACGCUGCUGAUCCAGCCACUGCCGGUGGUGCUGCCGGUACCGCUAGCUCUGGGUCUGGUGCACAAGGUACGAGUGUCGCUGCUACGACCCCCCUUGGCGGAGAUUCUACAAGUGCCGUCCCAUCCAGCACCAUUGCUACCAAUCCCGUUUCUCCGAAUGGAGCAGGUAGCGUUGCUGAAGGUGAUCCUACUCCUACUGCCGAUUCCAACGCUGCUUCCACUCCUCCAGCUACUUCCGCACCUGCUGCUACAUCUACAUCUACUCAGGCAGGAUAUGGGGGAGGUAGAGGUAUUUGGACAAAGCCUGCUCUCUAG